GGGCAGCAGACAAACAAAGGGAGAGUAGCAGAGACAGCAAAAUGAAGUGCUGUCUGGUUUUUGUGCUUCUUCUCAUCUCAGCUCUGAAGGAGACAUUGGGCGAAAGAGUCUUCAUCACAGCCCCAAAUGUCUUUCAUCUUGGUGUCAAAGAGAAGGUGCUUGUCCAGGUGGGAGGUCAAUACCUCAACAAACAUUUCGAUGUAUACCUGGAAAAUUUAAGGGGGAAUGUUAUCUCUGAAAGAAAAUCUGUAAUCUGUAGCGCAGAAAAUAUCCCAGCCACAGUUGAACUAUUGAUAGAGAGAGACAAAUGGUCAGAAAUCAAAGGAAGAAUUCCUUACCUCAAUCUUGUGGCGGAAAUCCCUAGUAAAAGUCAAAGGACAAUAACAAGGGUGCUGGUUUCAAAUCACAGGGGAUAUAUCUUCAUACAGACUGAUCAGCCAAUGUAUAACCCAACGCAGAAAGUGAAAUACAGGAUCUUCGCUCUUAAUCACAUGUUUAGGCCACAUGAGGAAACUGUCUACAUAUCUGUGUUUAAUGCUGCUGGAAACAGAUUGGUGAAGAAUCGAAAGAGGGUAACUGAAGGAAUUUUACAGGACCAUUUUGAUAUACCACAUUUAUCUGAAAUGGGCACUUUUAAGAUCACAGCACACUAUGAGGGCGAUGAAGCAAAUGCUGCUGUACGAGAGUUCAAAGUCCAAAGGUUUGUUUUACCGAGUUUUGAAGUGAGAAUUGAAACGGAGCAGCAUUACAUAUUAUUGGCUGAUCAACAGCUUGACUUCGCCAUUUCAGCAAUGUAUUCAUACGGUGAAGAAGUCAAAGGCGGUUACCACUGCCAGUUUGGUGUUAAGAAGAAUGGUGCACUGCAGAUUAUUAGAGGCUUGAAGCUGACUGGUUCGGUUCGAAAUGGAAGAGCAACAGCCACUCUUCAGUUAAAAGACAUAGAUUGGAAACAGCUGAACACAUCCCUGACUGAAUUACAGAAAAGUGGAUCUCAACUUUACAUAGGAGUGUUUGUCACCAACAUUCAAAGUGGCGAAGUGCAACAGGGAGAAAUUUACCUUCCCAUCUUUUCACAUAAAUACAACAUAGAUCUGUCUCGAACUCGCUCACAUUUUAUUCCUGGUGUUCCACUAGAUGUUGUGGUUGUUGUUCGUCACCCUGACGGCACCCCAGCAGUUCGUGUCCCAGUAAAUAUAUCUACAAGUGCAUCUAAACAGCAGUUUCAUCAAGGCACCACAGAUCAGGAUGGAGGAUUGUUUCAUACCUUUAAUAUUAUCUCAACCUCUGAGAUUACAGUUGAUGUUUCAACAGAUGGUCUUCAAAGGAGCAAACAUCUAACAGCCGUUUCAUCACCAGGAGGAAGUUACCUCUACAUAUCACUUACCAACAAGGUUUACAAUAUGGAUGAAACCUUUUCUGUAACGUUUAACACUAUCAAUGGACCAAGCAACGGAUACAUAUAUUAUCUGGUUUUGAGCCGCGGAAUGAUAAUACAAAGUGGUUCACUUCCCCAUCAUGGAAGCGAACCAAGGAGAAGCAUCAAACAUAAUUUGAGAAUAACAGCUAAUAUGGUUCCAGCCUUCCGCCUAAUUGGCUACUAUCACAGCAAAAAUGACGACAUCAUAGCAGACUCUGUGUGGGUCGAUGUCAGGGAUGAAUGUGAGAUAAAGGUCACGGUUCAACACAAAGGACAGGCUAGGCCAGGAAUACAAACUGAACUGGAAUUGGAUUUACAUAGGCAGACAGCUACAGUGGCUUUGCUGGCUGUGGAUAAGGCUUUCUAUGGUCUCAAAGCUGAUAAUAAAUUGACACCCAAACAGGUAUUUUCUACAAUGGCCUCAUAUGACCUCGGCUGUGCAUACAGUGGAGGAUCUGACCCAGAAGCAGUGCUCCUAGAUGCGGGCCUUGCUUUUGCUUCUCAGUCUGUGCAAAAAUGGAGGACAAGUAUAACGUGUGAGUCACAAAAUGUGAGACCAAGGCGUUCAGUGGACCUCAAUGAGGAAAAAAUUAAAUUGAAAUUAGAGUUUCAAGAUGCUGACCUCCAAAUCUGUUGUACUCAUGCAUUUUCUCGUAUCCCAAUGAGAGAAAGUACAUGUCGAAAAAGAUCAGACAGGGUCCGUCUGGUGAAAGGAAAUCAGACAUGUGCGGAUGCUUUCCUAAAGUGCUGCCUUGCAGCAGAGAAACUGAGACAGAGAAAGAUGAUAGAGGAUUCUCAGAGCCAACUUGGAAGAACUGCAAUUACCGAUCUAAUGGAGGAUUAUUUUUUCAGAACUGAGAAAAUGAGAAAAUUUUUUCCUCCAAGCUUUGAGUUUAAGCAUUUUUUGGUAAAUGACAAAAAAAGGCAUAAUUUAUUCCUCCCUGACUCCAUCACCACUUGGGAAAUUCAAGUUAUCACACUAUCUCCAGAAACAGGUCUGUGUGUAGUUAAGCCACUUGAGAUCAGAGCAUUUAAGGAGACAUUUGUGUCGCUGAGGCUGCCGUACUCAGUGAAAAAGUUUGAGCAACUCUCAAUUUCGCCUGUUAUCUACAACUACGGUGAAAGAAACUUAACGUUGGCAGUACAUAUGGAACAAGUUGAAGGACUUUGCUCUCCUGCUUCCACCACCACCAACUCCUACACUGAAAUCACUGUUAAGAAGCACUCUUCCCAGCUGGUGUCCUUUUCAGUUGUCCCCAUAAAAACUGGUCCAUUACCAAUUAAAAUCCGCCUGUAUGAUAUUGAACAUGACAAUGGAAUAGAUCAGCUACAAAAAACCUUAAAAGUACAGACUGAAGGACAGUUGGAGACAGAGGAAACAACGACUAUGAUCAAAUUGGAUGGACGGAGUUCAAAAAUUAUAUAUAUUGAUGGAGCUUUACCAGACGGCACAGUACCUGACUCGGGCUCAAAUAUAUUAAUUUCUAUGCAAGAUAACAGCUUUGGUGGUUCAUAUGUGAGGAAUCUUCUUUCUCCAGAGAAAGUUUCAAAACUCAUUGUACUACCGUAUGGCUGUUUAGAACAAACGAUGAAGAGAUUAGCGCCAACAACUUUAGCUUUGCGCUACCUUGAAAUGAGUGAGCAGUGGUUCACUAUAAAACCUAGUGCUCGAGAUGAGGCUUUUGAUCACCUUGAACGUGGCUACCUAAGAAUUACAGAAUUUGAGAAACCCAAUGGAUCCUAUGGAGCAUGGAAUUCAGAUCCAACAAGUAACUGGGUAACUGCUCUUGUUGUAAAGAUUCUGUCACUGAUCGCGGAGCUUCAAACAUAUGAUCAUGGAGUGAAAGGACGAGAACUCAACGUUAUACCACUACAAAAGAUAAACCAACCUGUCAGUUACUUGCUGUCAGUACAACAGCAUGAUGGCUCAUUCAGAGACCCAAAUCCUGUGUUACACAGAGGUGUCCUGACAGGAAAAGACGAAGAUGCAUCCAUGACCGCUUUCAUAACUCUUGCACUCAACCGCUCCCGUCAAUUUCUUACAACAGAAAAUCUAAAUAAAGUGGAGACAAGCAUCUCAAAGGCAACAGCUUAUCUCCAGUCCCAAAUUGAAGAGCUGAGCCAUACCUACGCAGUGGCUAUUACAGCUUAUUGCCUAUCAGAGGGGAAUGAUCGAUUACGUGCAUGGAAGAAACUUCAAUCGAUGGCCAAAAUAGAUAAGACGAAUUGCUCCUACUGGACAAACACGGGCAUUCUUGAUGCAAUCACUGUAGAGACAACAGCCUACGCUCUACUAGCUGCUGUAAAAAUCGGUGAGAGGAGUUGGGCAGACAAAAUAGCCUGCUGGUUAGUCAGGCAAGAAAACUAUUAUGGAGGCUAUCGAUCUACUCAGGAUACCAUUAUGGCAUUGGAAGCCCUGUCAGAAUAUGAGCUUGCAAGGCCUCCUUUUUCCAUCAUAAAUGUAACAGCUGAGUUCAGAAUCCAAGGGAAGAGUGACAGGGUUAAACUUACACUGGCAGAAAGAAAUGAGACAGUGGAAACAGACCUAGAGAAACUUUCUGGGAAUAACAUUACAGUAGAGCUGACAGGAAAAGGAAAGAUCAAGCUAAAAAGUUUAAAAACUUUCUAUCUCCUGGACCCUGAGGAUGGUUGUUCCAAACUUAAAAUCACUGUCAAAGUGGAGGGGAAAGUGGAGUACACUGCGAAGAUAACAGAAAAUUAUGACUACUAUGAGGACUAUGAUGAUGCUGAGGAAAAGCAGACUCGAGUAGCACGGUCGACGAUUGAGCAUUUUGAUGCUCUGGCACGAAGCAGGAGGGAUCUUAAAAAUGACAUAAAUUCAGAUAGUAUAAUUUAUACUGUCUGUGUCAGCUAUAGCCCAAACAGCCCUCUCACCGGAAUGGGUAUCGCAGAUAUCACAUUACUUAGUGGAUUUGAGGUGGAAGAGGAGGACCUGAUAAGGCUUAAACAGCCACCUGAGCUGUACAUUAGCCAUUAUGAGAUAUCCUCUGGACGGGUGGUGCUAUACUUUAAUAAGCUUUAUGAAACCAAGGAAUGUCUGACUUUCACUGCUAAUCAGAAAGUGCCAGUUGGCCUUUUGCAGCCUGCUCCAGCUGUAUUCUAUGAUUACUAUGAACCAGGUGUGAAGUGCACUGUGUUCUACUCACUCCCACGAAGGAGCCAGUUGGUCUCUAAGCUGUGCUCAGAAGAUGUUUGCCAGUGUGCAGAAAGACCCUGUCAUAAAGUACAGGAGACCUUUAAAUUAGGCAGAAAAAUCACAAAGAACAAACGCAUGAAUCACGCCUGCUUCUCCCCCACAGUGGAUUACGCUUACAUUGUGGAAGUCCAGGACGUUUCUUUUAAGAGCAACUUUGCACUGUACAAAGUCAAAAUCACUGAGGUCCUCAGAACUUAUGAUGACCUGCAUGUGAGGACAGACAGUGUUCGAGUGUUUGCCAAAAGGCUUCAUUGCAAGGAGGGGUUAGAGCUUAAAAUGCAGUAUCUGAUAAUGGGCAAAGAUGGUGCCACUAAAGACUCAGAUGGAAACAUGCAGUAUUUGUUGGAAUCAAACACCUGGGUGGAAAGGAAGCCGCUAGAUGUGGAGUGUAAAAAAUCUGGGAACAUCCGUACUUGUAAUGAGUUCAAUACAUUCAUUGACGAGUACAAAACUUUUGGCUGCAGACAGUAAAUCUCAGUCGCAAAUCUGUUAAACUUUUUGCAAUUUAAACAUUGCAGUUGAUGGAUUUUAUUUUUUUGUCUUAUUGAUAAAUUUUCUUUGAGGCAUAAAAAAAUGAUAUUAUCAUAGUAGUCUAUCAGGAAAAAACAAGGAUAAUCCAAACAUAAUCAAAUAACUCCCUUUGCCUAACAACAACUUUAUCAUUUUCAGUAAACAUAUUCUUUCUUUUUUUUAUUUUGCAGUUAAAAUACACUUUACUGCAAUUUAAACUGCUCAAAGUUGUGUUUAAAAAAUCCUUUUGUGUUGAUAAUUUCUUGUACUUCCACUCAUCAUUGUUCUGCUGCUUAUCAGUGUUGAUAAUAAUUAUGAUAAUAAUUUUGGCAGUUAAUGCAGCUGUCACCACAUUCUUGGGCAUGCAGUUGGUCAAAAACCUGCUGCUCACUGCAAUGAAAACAAGUGGGAGAAGAUCAAGACAUUAAAAUGCAUAAUUAUAAAAGGGUUUUCAUGUUUUUUGGGUUUUCAUUUCUGAAGUGAUCAAGUGAUCUUUAUUGUUAUGAAAGAUGCUUGUAAAUAAAAUAAGAACAGCAAGCCUACAGUGAUGCAAGGUAAUUGCCUUUAUUAAUACAAUCUUAGGAAGCCCAUUGAUAAUAAAAAGCUGAUUUUAAAUCCAUCCAUCAAUUAUUUUAAUUGUUAUGGGUUUCAUUGUGCUAAUAUAUCCAUUACAAAAAUAAUAAAAAAUAAAUAAAUAAAUAUUCAUCGAUCUCGUAUUGGAGAAAUUUAACUUUGCAUUUAUCCCAUCCCUGUGGGCUGUCAUUUUUAGCACCCAUGGAUCAGUGUGGGUUUAAGGGUCUUGCUCAGAGACCCAGAGAGGCAGCCUUGGGGAGUGAGACUCGAACUCAGAACCUCAGGUUUCCAAGCUCUGUGCCCUAAUCAAUAGGCCGCCACUCCCCCUCACAUAUUAUUAUAU